AUGUUCUUCACUGGGAAUCUGGCAGCAGCCAUUGUUGCGCUUCUUGGUAUCGCCGCCUUUUACUCAUUUACCCUCGGUGGGACUUUUGACUAUGUGGUGGUUGGUGGAGGCACAGCGGGCAUUGCCCUUGCAGCACGCCUAGUCGAGCACGGCUUUCGAGUUGCCCUCGUCGAAGCAGGUGGCUAUUACGAAUUAAAGCACCCCACUGCUCGAGUGCCAGGCGCCGCUAUUCUAGGCAUUGGUGCUGACCCCAAGAUAUCAUCGCUUGUCGACUGGAAAUUCGUGGUCCAUGGGGGUGAAGGUACAGCCCAUCGCGACAUCCAUUACCCAAGGGGGAAGUGUAUGGGCGGGUCAUCAGCGGUAAACUUCAUGAUAUACCAACGACCGUCGGAGGAAGCCAUGAGAAGGUGGGCAGAACUCACCGAUGACCCAAGCUUCCUCUUUGAAAACACGCGUCCUUUCUAUCAAAAAACAACAAACUUCACACCUCCCGGAUUUCGAACGGGUGUCACAAUUCUCUACAAUGAGUCUGCCUUCAGUCCUUCGGGCUCGCCACUGCACGUGUCAUAUCCGCAAUGCACCAUGCCGUUUUCCCUUUGGGCGCAGCAGGCUUUCUCAGAGGUCGGAAUACCCGAGGCAGAAGAUUUCAAUAGCGGUUCCAUUCUCGGGCAUCAGUUCUGCGCGAUGACCAUUCGAGACACAGACCAAAGCAGAAGUAGCUCCGAGUCUGCCUUCAUUGGAGCGCCAUAUUUGAGAGAUUUGACCAUCUAUCAAAAGACCAUGGCAAAGAGAAUUUUGUUCAACAAAACUCGAGCGGUCGGAUCCCCACAACUCUUGAUGGUUUCAGGCAUCGGUCCUGCCGACUUGCUCCACCAGCAUGGAAUCAAAAUUAUUGCCGACCGUCCUGGCGUGGGUCAGAACAUGUGGGAUCAUGUUUUCUUUGGGCCUUCGUACCCGGUCGCCGUGAAUACUUUCACCAAGUUGACACAGAGCAAGGACGAGCUUUUAAUCCAGAUUGCGUAUUUCUUUUUGUGUCAAAAGGGACUCUUGACCAAUCCAUCAACCGACUAUCUUGCAUUUGAAAAGCUUCCGCCCCAAUACCGAUCGAUUCUGUCGGCUCAAGACGAGCAGGAACUUUCCUGGUUUCCGGCAGACUGGCCUGAAGUGGAGUAUCUAGCCGCUGCGGCUUAUGUAGGAAACUACUCAAAUCCCCUUGGACAGCAGCCUAGAAUGGGCCAAUAUGGAAGCAUUAUUGGCACUCUCGUCGCGCCCACCUCACGUGGGAAUGUGAAUAUUCAAUCAGCGGACAUGGCUGAUCCACCGAUUAUCAAUCCAAAUUGGUUAGAGUCCGAGACGGAUCAGAGAGUUGCAGUUGCUUCCUACAGGCGAAUCCGCGAUAUAUUCAAGACUGAGGUUAUGAAAAAGGUGCUCACAGGAACGGAGUACUUUCCAGGGCUCGAGGUCGAAACGGACGCGGAGAUACUCGAAGUGAUCAAGCAAACGAUGACGACCAUAUACCACGCUGCAUGUACCUGCAAAAUGGGGAUCAAAAAGGAUAGAAUGGCGGUUGUUGAUAGUCGCGCAAGAGUCUUCGGGGUGUCGGGUUUGAGAGUAGUGGAUGCAAGUGCAUUUCCAUUUUUACCUCCGGGUCAUCCUCAAUCCACAGUUUACAUGCUGGCUGAAAAGAUUGCAGCCGAUAUUGCAGGCUCGUAA